AUGGCCGCGAGGAAGCUCCAGGACCUGCAGGUGGUGGUGGAGAGCAACGCGGACUGGACGGGCACGGUGCUGGCCAAGCCCGCCCUCAGCGUGGUGGACGUGUGGCCCGAGUGGGCCGGACCCUGCCUCGCCAUGCGAAGCCAGCUCAUCAGGCCAGUGGAACACCGACGAAGUUCACCUGUUUACCACAUCGAGGUGGCUUACAGUGGUCUGACGGCGCGCAGGUUCAAGCUGAAGGAGGCCGGCGACGACCUCCACCUGUUCUCCGCCAACGCGUCCGCCAUCGACUGCCUGUCGCGGUUCCGGGACUACAGUGAGCCCACGUGGAUGUUCCUCGGCAGCGGGGAGCUGGUCAACGUGUACGUCGGCUGCAACAAGCCGCGCCUGCUCAAGCUGGUGCGGACGGAGCUCCGGAAGGAGCAGCGUGUCCUGAAGGGGCUGGCGCGCCGCAAGGUGCUGCCCGCCGACAAGAUGUCCCCCGCGGAGUGCGAGCGAGCCGCCGCGCAGGCCGCCAGGGACUUGCAGGCGCGCCAGGAGGAGAGGGACCGCGCCGACGCCGCGCUGCGGGAAGUGCGUCUGCGGCAGUACCGCCGCAUCGCCGACCAGCUCAACAACUACACCGUGGUGCUGUACCUGCCGCACGCCCUGGAACAGGGCCACCUGCCGUCGGUAAGUGCCUUGCAGCGGACCUCCGCUUCUCCCUGA